ACCUGGCUUCCCUAUUUAAGUUGUUCAUUUCCCUCUGUUUCUGUCUCAUAGUUGGUCACAAUUCUUGUAGCUCCUCUAAAUUUUUCUCAUUUACAUUGUAAUUAAGGUGUUAAUUUAAUAUUUUUGAGUUUUACAGUUCAAAAUGGCAUACGAAAAUCCAUAUGAUCAGCAGGCUCCUCUCAAGGCAAAAUUUGAGUGUCUUCUCUUUGAUGUAGAUGACACCCUUUAUCCUCUGAGUUCUGGUUUAUCAAAACAGUGCACCAAGAAUAUCGAAGAGUACAUGAUUCAAACACUUGGCAUAGAGGAAAGUAAAGUUUCUGAGGUAAACCGGGUUCUGUACAAAAAUUAUGGGACAUCUAUGGCUGGUCUCAAGGCUAUUGGCUAUGAUUUUGACAAUGAUGAUUAUCACAGCUAUGUUCAUUGGAGAUUACCCUAUGAUAACCUGAAACCUGAUCCUGUUCUAAGGCAUCUUCUACUUAGCCUGCCUAUUCGUAAAGUUAUUUUCUCAAAUGCUGAUGAGGUUCAUGUGGGUAAAGUUCUUUGCAAGCUUGGAUUGGAGGAUUGUUUUGAUGGGAUUGUAAAUUUUGAGAGCCUAAAUCCCACUAACAAAACCAAUGAUUUUGAUGCUGAAAUUCUUGGUGCCGCCGAUGAUUUUUCAGCACUUCCAAAGACUCCAAUUGUUUGUAAACCAUUCCCAGGUGCAUUUGAACAAGCUUUCAAGAUAGCUAACAUCAACCCUGAAAAAACACUGUUUUUUGAUGAUAGCAUCCGCAAUAUAGAGACAGGAAAAAGUGUUGGCCUCCAUACAGUUUUGGUGGGCACUUCACAUAGAACAAACAGUUCUGAUUAUGCCUUGGAGAGCAUUCACAAUAUCAGAGAAGCAUUGCCAGAGCUAUGGGAAGCCAAUAACAAGUCCAAAAGCAUCAAGUAUUCAGGAGGAAAGGUUGCUAUUGAGACCACUGUUACAGCUUAGUGUAAAUUUUGUGGAUGUCUUUAAAUAUGAACUUCAAUAAAAUCUCAUUAAAUGUGAAUUUA